AUGAUUAGGGCUCAUCCUUCUUGCGUUUCUCUCGAUCAGCUUUGUCGCGAUGUUCGUUUGGGCGCUCCUGUUGACGCUCCACCACCACCUGUCCACGUCGACUCUCGUAUGGAUGUCGAUCCUCUCGGCUCCCNNCCUUCGUACACUAUCGCUGCUCAGACACCAAUUUCUCCUAGCGAUGCUCUUUCUCUUCCUGCCGGCUGGACCUCUGACAACCUACAGGCUCCGUCUGAUGCCCUCAAAUUGGCUACUCAGCACCGCGAUGCUCUCGUCAGCAUGGUUCAAGAUUUGAUUCCCACUGUUGCAUCACUCAAAGCUACCAUUGCUCCGCUUAAUGAUCAUCUCCGUAUCGUCAUUGAGUGGUCUGAAGGCUGGAUGGCCGGUAUGAUCGUCGCUGCUAACUCACACAUUGCCAACAUCGAAGCCGCUGAGUUUGAGAUCGCCAACAACACUGCCUGGUCUGAUCAGGCUCGCAUGGACAUCGCUAUCAUCGUUGAUGGAAUUGUCAAUCACCUCAAUCCCUUCGAAGGUGCGCUGAUCUGGUGUCGCCGCUUCACUGAUCUGUUCAUUCAUUUACGUCGCAUGGCUGGUGAGCUGUCUCCUCCAAGACCUACUACUGAUGAGUUCCCUCCUAUCAUGAGAAGACGUGGUGCUGUGACUGAUCUGAUGGAUGCUGGUACUACUGAUCACUCUGACUUCUUGCCUCCUCCUGAAUUUUAUCUUGCUGAUGACGCUUUUUCUGAUGAUGGCGAGCCUAUGGACGAGAAUUUUGAUGACUUUGAUGCUUAG